AUGGGAUUUGGAUGCUGGAGGAACCCUCUGUGGCUGUUGGCUGUCCUGGUCCUGGCAGCCAGACUAGGUCAUUUUCAAAGAUGGGAAGGCUUCCAGGAGAAGUCCAUGAGCAAGGCAAAUAUGAAUUCAACACUCCAGUUCUUCAUGGAAACCUACAACAAUGCUAGCAAUGACACCUACUUAUUUCAAGUCGACAAGCUACUUCGAAGUCAGAUGCAGCUCACAACUGGAGUGGAAUAUAUGAUAUCUGUGAAGAUUAGCCGGACCAAAUGCAAAAGAAACAGCACAAGAAAUUCAUGCCCCAUUCAAAGCAAAAAGAAGCUGAAAAAGAGUUUCAUUUGUGAUUUUUUGGUGUACACCGUGCCCUGGAUGAACUAUUACCAACUCUGGAACAACUCUUGUCUGGAGGCUUGA